AUGGCAGGCAACUUCAUGCCAAUGCGGCACGUCCGCCUGUGUGGCCUCAGCGCACGCGACGAUCUCAACGGCUGCACUGGCAAGCUCCUGACCUUUGAUCCGGUGAAGGCUCGGUGGCGUGUUGAAGUUGAAGCCGGAGAGUGCGUCCGUGUACGAACUGCGAACCUGGAGGCGGUGAAGAUGAAGGAGGGGCUAUCGACAGAGUGUUCGAUCUGUCUCGAGCCGUUCAUGAGCAACCAGGAAAUCGCCCAUCUUGGCUGCGGCCAUGCGCUGCACCAAGAUUGUUUGUACAGCCUCCGCACGGUGCACAGGAAUGACAUCGUCUCCUCCCUCGGUGAGGCUGGGCAGACGGCCCAGCGAUGCCCUGUUUGCAGGGCAUGGCAUGGCAAGAGUGGAGAUAAUGCCGACACCUGGUGGAAUUAUCCGGCUUUCACACUCAUCAAUCAAAUGCUUGGCUACAUCUUUCAGCGGCGGUGGCAGUCGCAAGGGCAGGAUCGCAGCGCCGCCGAGGAGAUGGUUUUCAUUGAAGAGCGGUUCGGCCGGGCGUAUGCGGCUGGGCAAGCUGAAGACCAGCUGAGGGCGCUGGACGCUGCGCUGAAGCGCCUGCGAGCGAACUUUCGUCAAAACGGAGGGCCGUCGGAUGCGGUCGAGGACUCAGACAGCCUCUACUGGGCAUGCACCAAGGCCGCGGGCUUGGCGUGCGGUAGUGAGUCAGCGGCGGCGACUUUUCUCACGACACUGAUGAAGUAA